AUGCAGCUCUCUUUCGUCGUCCUCGCGGCCGCUGCUGGUGUCGCUCUCGCAGCCCCCAGCCUCGCCCCGCGCCAAAACGCCUGCUUCCUCGUCGGCAACACGGUUCUCCCACAGGAGGUCGCGGACGCCGCCACCAGCCUCCAGAACAAGGUCACCUGCGACGCCACCAAGAAGACGCUCUCGGGCGUGCCCGACGUCGAUGCCGGCGGCGUAAAGUUCUCGGCCAUCAACUUUGCCGACUCGAACCAGACGCCCCUCGCGUUCGCGCUCAGCAAGUUCGCCACCAAGGAGCCCCUCGCCGACAACGACCUCGCGACGUUCCAGAACCAGCUCGACGCCUACGUCGCCACCGAGGCCGGCAUCCGUUCCGUCGGAGGCGGCCUGGGCAUCAAGGUGCCCAAGUUCUUCCUGGCCAUGCAGGUCUCGCGCAUCCAGACGGCCCAGGGGAACCCUCCUGCGGCGGCCGGCCAGCAGGUCGACCACCUGCGCGACAAGGUCCUCAAGAACGCGCCCAAGGAGGCCAAGGCGCUCCUGGACCAGGUCACUGCCCUGGCCGCCCAGACUGCCUAG